AUGGUUGAAUCGGGAAGUGGCAGAACUAGCAAUGAAAAGGCGCAGAUUCCUGACUGCAAUCAAGUUGAAGAAACAUUCCCACUACUUAAAGAGGUACCUGCAAAGUAUAUUUAUUCAACCAUCCCAAUGGGAUUUUCCCUUAGUAAAUCUGCUACUCAGAUAUCUGCUAUGCAUAUGGAUUCAAAAGUGGAUGAUCAUUUGAUGCGAGGGACUGAGAAAAGCAAGUUGGAACCAGUGACUCAAUUAUUUCAAAACACCAAGAAAAUAAGAUUAGAAGACACAAACAAAGAACACUUUACAAGAAGUAAAGAGAUUGGCUCAGGAUCUCUUUCAGAGAAAACCUUGGGUUCUGUGGUAUAUGUUAAAGAAAAUGAUGGAAUGGAAAUGACAGAUGUGGAAUGA